GACAUUGCACUAUUUUGCUUGCACUGUAAAAACAUCUCGUAUUUGUUGUUUUCAAUUUGUAAUAAAUAUUUUAUUUAUUUUAUUUGUUUAACAAAAGUCUCAAAUUAUGGAUGAUGCCAACGGGUUAAUUUAUGGCCUUGAAUUCCAGGCUAGAGCUCUUACACCACAAUAUGGAGAAUCCAACGAAGUUCGAUUCUUUAUUGCCACCCAGUCUUUGAAACCAAAUAAUCAGGUACAUCUUCUCGAGUACAAUGAAGAAAAAGCAUUGAUAAAAGCCAAGGUAUUUGCUCAUCCACUUGGUGAAGUCUGGAAGCUAAACAGCAGUCCACACAAUGCCCGUUCCUUAUUGUCUUGUUAUAGUUUUCAAAAAGGUGCCCAAGUCAUAACACAUUCCGCUGUCCUAACAAUUCCAGAAAAUCUCGAUGAUAAAGAUCUCGAUUCAGAAUUCAUUCCAUAUGAUAACGUUGAGAUUCUUCCUACUGAGGAAUUUGGAACAGAUGUUAAAACUACUGAAUUCCAUCCCAAUGAUGAAAAUAUCCUUGCUACCGUUGUUGAUGGUAAAAUUGUAAUUUUUGAUCGAACUCAAGUAAAGUCACGAGGUGUUGCUGAGAUAACGUCUAAAAACUCUCCAAAGUUUACAACUGGCAAAUGGUCUCAACAUCAUCAAGGCAAUCAAUUUAAUGCCCUUCACGACUGUGCUAUUCGAUCUUAUGACAUCCGAGAUACCAAUCACUGUGCGUGGUCGAUUGAGGAUGCUCAUGGGCAACUCGUCCGCGAUGUCGACUGUAAUCCAAACAAACAAUGUCACAUACUUACCGGUGGAGAUGAUGGUUUUUUGAAAAUCUGGGACAGUCGGAUGCUUAGAGAACCUGUCUUUGUGCGGGGUGAUCAUUCACAUUGGAUAUGGAAUGUUAGAUUUAAUACAUUCCAUGACCAGUUGCUUUUAUCGAGUAGCAGUGAUUGCAAGGUACUGUUGACUUGUGCCGGUUCGGUUAGUUCUGAAACAACCGAAGAGGAUGGAGAACCAAAAAAGUUACUUUCGGAUGGAUUGUUGCAAACUUUUGACCAACAUGAAGAUUCGGUGUAUUGUGUAGAAUGGAGUAAUGUAGAUCCGUGGAUAUUUGCUUCUUUAAGUUAUGAUGGGAGAGUGAUUAUUUCGAAAGUACCAAAACAGUAUAAAUAUCAAAUAAUAUUUUAAAAACUGAA